CCCGAGGCCGCCUCUCCUCGCCCGCCUCGGCAGUCCCCGGGCUGCAGCUGCCACCGCCGCACCUGCACAGAGCCACCGCGACGCGGCUGUGUUUCACACAGAAGAGUUGGAUGGUCUGCUAGAAAAAUAAAUGAAGGAAGUUCUCAACAGGGCUACUGUUUUCAGAAAUAAACCAUUGAAUGCCUUAGUGCCAAUCAACUGUUAGAGUGUGCACAUUAGCUGUGACACUGAUGCAGCACUCAUUAUUGAUGACUUGCAUGCUGUAAACAAUAACGUGAUUGAGAAGACUUCUAUGAACAUCAGAAAAUGUCAGAAGACAAGAUACUUUCAAUUGAAGAAGUAAAGGAUGAUCUACAGUCCUUGAGGAAAUGGAUAUCUGGAGAGAAGUAUGUGCCAAAUAAAGUUGAUGAUAAAAUACUGUACCUUAUACAUCAUAGCUGCUAUUAUGAUUUAGAUAAAACAAAAGAUACAAUCAAAGUGUACUUCUCAAUGCGAAACAAGAUUCCAGAGUUCUUUGCUGAUAGAGAUGUUAACAGGAAGAAUCUUCAAACAGCAUUAGAAUCUGUGUAUGUAAAUACGUUUCCUGCAAGAGACCCACAUGGGUAUCGGAUACUGUUCCACAGUCUUCGACUCUAUGAGCCCUCUAAGUACUUCUUUUCUGAUUCUGUCAAACUCAUAUACAUGACGAUUGAUGCUUGUAAUCACCUAGAUGGUGCCCUCCCUGGUUACAUCAUUAUGUUUGACAUGGUAGGAGUGAAACUUGGACAUAUCGCACGAGUGAACCUGUUACUACUUCACAAAUUUUUCCAGUAUGUUCAGGAAGGUCUGCCUGUCAGAUUAAAAGCAAUACAUAUUGUGAAUGUGAUACCAGUUAUUGAUAAAAUAAUGCUCCUUAUUAAGCCCUUCAUGAAGAAGGAAUUAUAUAGUAUGAUCCAUUUUCAUAAAACAGCAGACAAUUAUGAUGCACUGUAUGAGCAUUUACCACGAGAAUGCCUUCCUUCUGAUUUUGGAGGGCAACUGGCUAGCUUAAAUGAGUUACAGGAACAAAACAUUGAGAGACUGCGGGCCCUAGUUCCUUUUUUCAAAGAAGAUGAAAGCAUGAGGUUAAAUAAAUCCAAAGCUAUGGAUGAACCACCAGAACCUGUUACACUGGAUGCACUGGAACUGGACUGACCACAAUUAGAUUACUGUACAUCUCUGUACUUAACAUUUUAUUAACAAUCAUCUGUGAUCUUACCUGCUAUACUUAAGGGAACAAACCUGUAGGAAUGUGUU